CCAGUUGCUCAUGGGGAAUGCGCACGUACCUUUGGUUAUAAGUAGUAGAUCUGUAUGAAAUGAGGGAUGGAGAGCUUAUUGAAGAAGGAGUUAAACACCUCUACCCUGAAGACUACGGGGCAUGCAGGGGGUGGGUGCAUCAGCGAGGGACAAACCUACGAGACCGACCACGGGCGAGUGUUCGUGAAAAUCAACCAUAAGAAUGAGGCACGCAAAAUGUUUGAUGGUGAGCUGGCAAGUCUAGAUGCCAUAUUGAAAACCAACACAGUCAAGGUGCCCAAACCCAUUAAAGUGAUUGACGUCUCUCCUGGAGGAGCCGCAUUUGUCAUGGAGCAUUUGGACAUGAGGAGUCUUCAUAGACAUUCAGCUAAGCUUGGAGAACAACUAGCUGACCUGCACCUUCACAACCUGAGGCUCAAGCAGACGCUUCAGAAAGGAGAACAAACUGUCGGGCAAGGCCCGGGACAGUCCCAGUUACAGCACACUGACAAGUUUGGGUUCCACACAGUUACGUGCUGUGGGUUUAUUCCCCAGGUGAACGACUGGCACAGUGACUGGGUUGCGUUUUUCACUCAACAUCGCAUUCAGCAUCAGCUUGACCUCAUUGAGAAGGACUAUGGGGACCAACAGGCAAGGGAGCUCUGGAGUGAACUGCAGCUCAGAAUCCCCGAAUUGUUCCAAGAUGUGGAAGUCGUUCCAGCCUUGCUGCAUGGUGACCUGUGGGGAGGCAAUGUUGCUGAAAAUGAAGCCGGUCCCAUCAUUUUUGACCCAGCUUCCUUCUAUGGUCACUCUGAGUUUGAACUGGCUAUUGCUGGGAUGUUUGGCGGCUUUAGCGGUUCUUUUUACUCUGCCUACCACAAGGUGAUUCCCAAGGCUCCUGGGUUUGAUAAACGCCUGAAGUUUUAUCAGCUCUUUCAUUAUCUGAACCACUGGAAUCACUUUGGCACCGGGUACAGAGGCUCUUCUCUCGGUGUCAUGAGGAGCUUGCUAAAGUAAAGCAGUAGGUAGCUCACAAAGAUUGGCGUAAGUAUGCUCGACUAAUCCUGCUUCACUUCAUUGCAUUAUGAUAAUACGCAGUAGGGGCCUGCCAUGAAUUGCAUAAGCAGAGAAUCCUAAUCUUUUGGAAAUGCGCCACGUGGUCGUGUGAAUCUCGGAGGAAUCCUUUUUGGUGAGAUGUGAUGAUUCUAAAGCAUCUUGUAUGGUAAAAAUGCUUGACUUGGAAACCUGUUGUACUGCACAGAACCAUCAGACGUUUGCUUUGCUGUCUGAUAUUCCUUAUCACAUAGGAGGUCCAGUUCCAUGUGUUCCUCUGGAAUUUACACCCGUAAUUUAUGUGAAAUCAGACUCUGUAUUUCAGCCCUCUGUCACCUGUCAAUACUAAAGUACUUCCCUUCUGAUGUGCAUUUGGGAUUUUAGCAGGGUAGUCCUCUGUGAAGGAAAAUGAAAUAUGUUGUGCUUGCAUUUGCAAGAAGAUUUGAACGUAGUAAUGAAACAUUUUGUGAAAUGAAACUGAAAACGCACAGUAUCUGUGAAAACCAAAAUAAAGUGCUAGUUAAAUGCUGA